GAUAGUUCCCAGAGAAACAAAUAAGGUGCUGAGGCUUCCUCCCAUCAGUAGCACCCAGAGCCAGCCAGACAUAAAGAAGCAGGAAGACAGGCUGAGGAUUGCAGCAACAGCAGCAGCAACAAUGGAAAGAGCUGGAGAAAUAGUGCAAAGUGUAUUCUCAGGACAGUGGGACAUAAGACAACAGCGCAAAGUUCCAGAAAUUCCCAAACAACUUAAAGAUACGCAGAGCACAGAAGGUGCAGGGGCGCAACCACAACAACACAAAUUCCAGGAAAUUCCUCUCCAAAGUGAUGCAGGACAAGCAGGGAGCUCUGGCGCUUCAGGACAACAAUGGGGCUUUCCAGGACAGUCAAAAAGCCCUGGUUCUUCAGGUCAACCAGGGAGCUCUGGCUCUUCAGGACAAGCAGGGACCUCUGGCUCUUCAGGACGAGGGUCUUCAGGGCAAGCAGGGAGCUCUGGUUCUUCAGGACAAGCAGGGAGCUCUGGCUCUUCAGGACGAGGGUCUUCAGGGCAAGCAGGGAGUUCUGGCUCUUCAGGACAAGCAGGGAGCUCUGGAUCUUCAGGACGAGGGUCUUCAGGGCAAGCAGGGAGCUCUGGCUCUUCAGGACGAGGUUCUUCAGGACAAGCAGGGAGCUCUUCAGGACAACAACAACAACAACAAAAAAUCCAGGACCUUCCUAGUCCAAGCCAAGACAACAAGGGCGGUGAAUUAUCUAGAAUGAACCCCUACGCUGGCCUUGUGGACUGCCUGCGUGCCACCUGGCUGACGGGAAAGACACGUCCCAUGGAGUAUCGGAAAGGGCAGCUGGAGGCACUGGGCCGUUUCCUGGAAGAGAGAAGGUCGGAUCUCCUGCAUGCCCUGAAUCAAGACAUGCGAAGGCCCCAUUUCGAAGGGGAGGUCGCUGAGGUUGCCUUCACAAGGAGUGAGGUGAACAAUGCCCUUAACAACCUGUGCUGCUGGAUGAAGGAUGAGAACGUGAGCAAGAACUUGGCCACCCAGCUUGACUGUGCCUUCAUCCGCAAGGACCCGUACGGCGUGGCCGUCAUCAUUGCACCCUAUAACUACCCCAUCCAUCUUCUCUUGGUGCCUCUUGUGGGGGCCAUCGCAGCUGGGAAUUGCGUGAUUGUCAAACCCGCAGAGCUAGCCCGCCACACUGAAAGGCUUCUUGCUGAAGCACUGCCUUGCUAUCUUGACCCGGAAACCUUUGCUGUAGUGACAGGUGGCACUGAAGAGGUAACCAAACUACUAGAGAACCAGUUUGAUUACAUCUUUUUCACAGGGAGUCCUCGUGUGGGAAAGAUUAUAAUGACUGCAGCAGCCAAACACCUGACCCCAUUGACUCUGGAGCUGGGGGGCAAAAACCCCUGCUACGUGGAUAAAUGCUGCAAUUUCCAGAACGCGGCCAACCGAAUUGUCUGGGGAAAGUUCUUCAACGCUGGCCAGACUUGCAUUGCACCAGACUAUGUGAUCUGCACCAUUGAAACGCAGGAGAGGCUGAUGCCCUGCCUGCGCCAAGCUAUCCGUGAGUUCUACGGUGACUGCCCCCAGGAUUCGCCCGACUUUGGCCGUCUGAUCGACGAUAAGCACUUCCGGCGCCUUCGAGCAUUCCUGGAAUGUGGCCGAGUGGCCAUUGGUGGAGAGUCUGAUGAAUGUGACCGUUACAUUGCCCCCACUGUACUGGCUGAUGUGAAGGAGUGGGAGCCGAUCAUGCAAGAAGAGGUUUUUGGGCCCAUCUUGCCCAUUUUCACCGUGGGAGACUUGGACGAGGCCAUCCACUACAUCAAUAGAAAGCAACGCCCACUGGUUGCCUAUGCCUUCUCCUGCGACUGCAAGGUUGUGAACCGCGUAUUGAAUUGUACAAGCAGUGGCAACUACUGUGGCAAUGAUACCAUUAUAUACUCAACAUUGCUCUCCUUACCAUUUGGUGGCAUAGGAUACAGUGGCUUCGGCAAGUACCACGGCAAGUUCAGCUUCGACACAUUCACUCAUCAUCGUGGUUGCCUCUUGCGCUGCAUGGGAUUGGAGGCAAUCAACACCGUUCGCUACCCUCCCUAUACCGAAAGCAAAUUACAAUUGUUGCUCUCCCUUGUUGAUGUCAAGCGUAGAGGCAUGUGCACCUUGCUUUGAACUCCAUGAAUCACAUAUGCCUUCUGGCCCCAGGAGCUGCUAGGAAGAAUUUAGCUGCUGGAGACAGAGAAGAUUGCUUUAUCUGGCUCUCUCCUCACCUCCCAAUAAGGCGCUUGCCUAAACUCUUACCUCCUGGAAAAGCCUUGCCCCAUUAUCUUGAUUACGUGCUACAUGCCCUCCCACCCCUCCCCUUUUUCCGAUCCCCCGUUUUGGUCGGUCCAAUACCUAGCUGGUGGUUAUAUUUCGAUGUCAUACAAUGUAUAGGACCACCUAUUUCAUUUAACUAAGUACUUGCAAGGUUUUUGCAGUAGGUAAAAUCAUAGUUUAAUUUCCCUUUUAACAGAGUUUUAUGAAGCUAAUUACUGAUUUAAUGUCCAUGAUCACCAAUUCCUUUGUAAAGACUGGUGAACACUGUACACUGGAAUAGCUAUCCUCACAAAUAUAUCUGUAUCUGUAUGAUUUCUUAAGGAGUGAUGUUUUCAUGGGUGAAAGUAGAGGCUGGUGCUUAAACCAAUUUAAUUCCAAGGAGAUUCAGAGUUAAAUCCAUGCAACUUGUUGUACAGCCAAAUCUUCUUUUAGUUUUAUACCCUCAAUGCUGUCAUGCACUAUCCCUCAGAUAUACCCCUUCUAGUAAUCUCAAUUCUUCUGAUACCCGUUUCUGUACAUUAGCCACAUCCUUAACUCAGACUCCUCAUCCCAUCAAUAACUUCUGAACUAGGAAAUCCUAAGCAUCUGUACUCAAAAGUUAAUUCCUACCAAGUUCAACAGGGCUUGCUUGCUAGUAAUUAUGCUUAUGAAUGCAGCCUUAUUAACACUGCUUGCAUAACCGAACAUUUUACAAGUAAAUGUUUUAUUUCUGUAAUAAAGAUCUUGCAUCAAAUCUAA